AUGCCAGCGAGUCCUCUUGCCCGCCGACUAGCCUGCCAGUCCACCCUGCCCGCCAACUACCUAGCCAGUCCCCCUGCCAGCACACUAGACAUCCAGUUCUACUGCCCGCCCACUAGCCAGUCAGUCCAUCUGCCCGCCUACUUGCCAGCCAGUCCAACUUCCCGUCAACUAGCCAGCCUGUCUUCCAGCCAGUACACGAGACAGUCCCUCGGUGCAUCACAAGACAGUCCCUCGGUGCAUCACAGGACAGUCCCUCGGUGCAUCAUAGGACAGUCCCUCGCUGCAUCACAGGACAGUCCCUCGGUGCAUCACAGGACAGUCCCUCGGUGCAUCACAGGACAGUGCCUCGGUGCAUGCCACGGUGUAUCACAGGACAGUGCCACGGUGCAUCACAGGACAGUGCCACGGUGCAUCACAGGACAGUGCCACGGUGCAUCACAGGACAGUGCCUCGGUGCAUCACAAGACAGUGUCUAGGUCCAUCAAAGGACAGUGUCUAGGUGCACCACAGGACAGUGUCACGGUGCAUCACAGGACAGUCCCUCGGUGUAUCACAGGACAGUGCCACGGUGUAUCACAGGACAGUGCCACGGUGCAUCACAGGACAGUGCCUCGGUGCAUCGCAGGACAGUGCCACGGUGCAUCACAGGACAGUGCCACGGUGCAUCACAGGACAGUGCCUCGGUGCAUCACAGGACAGUGCCUCAGUGCAUCACAGGACAGUGCCUCAGUGCAUCACAGGACAGUGCCACGGUGCAUUACAGGACAGUGCCACGGUGUAUCACAGGACAGUGCCUCAGUGCAUUACAGGACAGUCCCUCGGUGUAUCACAGGACAGUGCCACGGUGCAUUACAGGACAGUGCCACGGGGCAUCACAGGACAGUGCCACGGUGCAUCGCAGGACAGUGCCACGGUGCAUCACAGGACAGUCCCUCAGUGCAUCACAGGACAGUGCCUCAGUGCAUCGCAGGACAGUCCCUCAGUGCAUCACAGGACAGUGCCACGGUGCAUCACAGGACAGUGCCUCGGUGCAUCACAGGACAGUGCCACGGUGCAUCACAGGACAGUGCCACGGUGCAUCACAGGACAGUGCCACGGUGCAUCACAGGACAGUGCCACGGUGCAUCACAGGACAGUGCCACGGUGCAUCACAGGACAGUGCCACGGUGCAUCACAGGACAGUGCCACGGUGCGUCACAGGACAGUGCCACGGUGCAUCACAGGACAGUCCCUCAGUGCAUCACAGGACAGUGCCACGGUGCAUCACAGGACAGUGCCACGGUGCAUCACAGGACAGUGCCACGGUGCAUCACAGGACAGUGCCACGGUGCAUCACAGGACAGUGCCACGGUGCAUCACAGGACAGUGCCACGGUGCAUCACAGGACAGUGCCACGGUGCAUCACAGGACAGUGCCACGGUGCAUCACAGGACAGUGCCACGGUGCAUCACAGGACAGUGCCACGGUGCACCACAGGACAGUGCCACGGUGCAUCACAGGACAGUCCCUCAGUGCAUCACAGGACAGUGCCACGGUGCAUCACAGGACAGUGCCUCGGUGCGUCACAGGACAGUGCCUCGGUGCGUCACAGGACAGUCCCUCAGUGCAUCACAGGACAGUGCCACGGUGCAUCACAGGACAGUGCCACGGUGCAUCACAGGACAGUGCCACGGUGCAUCACAGGACAGUGCCACGGUGCGUCACAGGACAGUGCCACGGUGCAUCACAGGACAGUCCCUCAGUGCAUCACAGGACAGUGCCACGGUGCAUCACAGGACAGUGCCACGGUGCAUCACAGGACAGUGCCACGGUGCAUCACAGGACAGUGCCACGGUGCAUCACAGGACAGUGCCACGGUGCAUCACAGGACAGUGCCACGGUGCAUCACAGGACAGUGCCUCGGUGCGUCACAGGACAGUGCCACGGUGCGUCACAGGACAGUGCCACGGUGCAUCACAGGACAGUGCCACGGUGCAUCACAGGACAGUGCCACGGUGCAUCACAGGACAGUCCCUCAGUGCAUCACAGGACAGUGCCACGGUGCACCACAGGACAGUGCCUCGGUGCAUCACAGGACAGUCCCUCAGUGCAUCACAGGACAGUGCCACGGUGCAUCACAGGACAGUGCCUCGGUGCAUCACAGGACAGUCCCUCAGUGCAUCACAGGACAGUGCCACGGUGCAUCACAGGACAGUCCCUCGGUGCAUCACAGGACAGUGCCACGGUGCAUCACAGGACAGUGCCACGGUGCAUCGUAGGACAGUCCCUCGGUGCAUCACAGGACAGUCCCUCAGUGCAUCGCAGGACAGUCCCUCAGUGCAUCACAGGACAGUGCCACAGUGCAUCGCAGGACAGUCCCUCAGUGCAUCACAGGACAGUGCCACGGUGCGUCACAGGACAGCCCCACAAUGCAUCGCAGGACAGUGCCACAGUGCAUCGCAGGACAGUGCCACAGUGCAUCGCAGGACAGUCCCUCAGUGCAUCACAGGACAGUGCCACAGUGCAUCGCAGGACAGUCCCUCAGUGCAUCACAGGACAGUGCCACGGUGCAUUACAGGACAGUGCCACGGUGCAUCACAGGACAGUGCCACGGUGCAUCACAGGACAGUGCCACGGUGCAUCACAGGACAGUGCCACGGUGCAUCACAGGACAGUGCCACGGUGCAUCACAGGACAGUGCCACGGUGCAUCACAGGACAGUGCCACGGUGCAUCACAGGACAGUGCCACGGUGCAUCACAGGACAGUGCCACGGUGCAUCACAGGACAGUCCCUCGGUGCAUCACAGGACAGUGCCACGGUGCAUCACAGGACAGUGCCACGGUGCAUCACAGGACAGUCCCUCGGUGCAUCACAGGACAGUGCCACGGUGCAUCACAGGACAGUGCCACGGUGCAUCACAGGACAGUCCCUCGGUGCAUCACAGGACAGUCCCUCGGUGCAUCACAGGACAGUGCCUCGGUGCAUCACAGGACAGUGCCACGGUGCAUCACAGGACAGUGCCACGGUGCGUCACAGGACAUCGCCUCGCAGCUGA